AAUUUUCUUCAAGCAGAUCUAGUGUGUCGAGUUGGUCCACAGAUGCUUUGGACUCGCUUAGAGAAUUGGGCACGAAUGAGAGUUUUAUGAGAGGCUGGACUUCGGACGGCAGAAGAGAGGGCAAUACCAAUGAACUGGCGGAGAAUGUUCAGCUGAGUCAAACUCGAGUUGUGGGCUUAAACCAUUUACGGACAACUGAAGGGGAUGAGAACACAUAUCAUGCACAAUCUGUGGAUCAGCACUUUGUGGCAAGAGAAAUGGAGAGUAAUGGGAACAAUGCUGCGAUUAUGGACAGGUUCAAGAGUCGGUGGUUGCGCAGAAUACGCUCUAUGACUUGCAUGACGAGUCAGCCUGGACAUGCUGAGAACAGGGGAAAUAACGGCUCCAACUCCACUGGAGCAGCUAAGAUCCAAAGGGUUAAGGUUCGGAGCAAUAGGAAAAAAUUGAAGGAGCUUUCUGCUCUGUUCAAGGCGCAAGAUAUCCAGGCCCAUGAGGGAUCAAUCUUAACCAUGAAAUUCAGCCUUGACGGACAAUAUUUAGCAAGUGCGAGAGAAGAUAAGAUUGUUCGAGUUUGGCAAGUUGUGGAAGAUGAGAGAGCUAAUGACGAUAUCCCGGAUAUAGAUCCAUCGUGUUUGUACUUCACAAUUAGUCAUCUCUCUGAACUUGCACCUCUAAUGGCUGAUAAAGAGAAAAUCAGUAAAUUGAAGAGUAUCAGAAAGACCUCAGACUCUGCUUGUAUUAUCUUUCCACAGGUUUUUCGAAUUCUGGAGGAACCGUUGCAUGUGUUCCGAGGUCACACAGCGGAGGUCUUGGAUCUCUCAUGGUCGAAGAAUAAUGUGAUGUUUGCUUUCUCCUCUGUUGAUAAAACUGUUCGCUUAUGGAAAGUUGGAUGCAAUCAGUGCCUGAAAGUCUUUCCACAUAGUGAUUAUGUGACAUGCGCUCAAUUUAAUCCUGUAAACAAUGAUUACUUUGUUACUGGUGCGAUAGAUGGCAAAGUUCGAAUUUGGGAAAUUAGUGUUCAAAGAGUUGUUGAUUGGAGUGGUAAAGACAUCAUUACUGCAGUUUGUUAUCGCCCUGAUGGGCAGGGAGGGAUCAUAGGCUCAAUGACUGGCACCUGUCGCUUUUUCAAUGUAGCAGGUGAUCGCCUGCAGGUGGAAGCACAGACGUGUUUAGCCACUAAAAAGAAGUCUCCUUGCAAAAGGAUAACCAGUUUUCAGUUCUUCCCGAAAGACCCGAGCAAAGUAAUUGUUACCUGUGCGGACUCUCAAGUCAGAAUCCUUAGCGGCAGUAAUGUGAUCAGGAAAUACAGAGGCUCACGAAGCUCAGGAAACCAGAUCUCUGCUUCUUGCACCUCAGAUGGGAAACACAUUAUCUCUGCAUCUGAGGACUCUAAUGUAUAUAUGUGGAAUUUUAAUCUAGACGACACAUCUCCAUCUCAGCCAAAAAAUGUAAGAGCUUUUGAGUGCUUCUCAGGUGAUGCCUGUGCAAUUCCUUGGUUUGGGCUUCAAACGAGGGAUUCAGAUGAUAUGCAGCAAUUGUCUGGAAUUGAUCGGAAUUCAACUGACAAACUGCCUCUCUCUCCUACUUGUUUCUCUUUGGGUCACGAGUUCUUCUUAGAGUCCAUACCCAGGGGUUCAGCAACUUGGCCAGAGGAAAAGCUUCCUGCUUCAGGCUCUCAGGUGGUCGCUUCUCUUCUGAGUAAAUCUCAAUACAAGUUUCUCAAGACUGCUUUCCAGAGUUCAUCCGGCUCCCAUGCCUGGGGCAUGGUAAUUGUUACUGCAGGCUGGGAUGGUCGAAUCAGAUCAUUUCACAAUUAUGGAUUGCCAAUUCCUCUUUGACAAAUGUCCACCACUGGCUUAGGGAUCCCCUCUUUGAUCUGACGGAAUAAAUGUCGAUUUUGGCAUCAUAAAACUCGCUGACUGCAUUCCAGUUAUUGCAGAGGGAUAUUUGACCUGAGAAUUGGUGUCCGAUGGGGCCGUUGGGAUUUUUCCGGGUACAUAAUUGACGCUUGGUGAGGUGUUCAAUUUGUACACUCUGUUCAAUUUACUGCAUCUGCCCUGUUGAGAGAGAUUGGUUUUAGGAUUCUUCGAUUUAUUAUUUGGGAGAGAGAGAGAGAGGAGAGGAGAGGAGUUCAUAUGGGUUGGGCCAUUAAAAAGAAAAAGAUGGGAGUCGUGUGUCAAUCUGCAUAUCCGUCUGAUGGAGGAUCCAGUGGGUCCUUACACAACCUCUUCCAUUUGUUCUCUGGAAUGUGCCAUGGGCUGGCAGAGCUGGUGGUUAGAAAUUGUUGGGGGGAAAACUAGUGGGAGCGUCAUCUUUUCAUGGGUUCGUUGGCUGGGUCUGAAUAAUUGAAAUAGUUUGUGUCUGCCAUUUCAUCCCAGCUGAGGGUGGGGUUUGAGGGACUAGGGGAGCUUUUAGCCGGGACUCUUGAGAGGCGUGGGCCAUUUCCACUUGGGUCGUGCUAUAGAUUUUUGGGAAAUGACAGUGGGAUAAGGGCUCUCGAUUUCUCGACUUUGAUUUGCUGCUGCCCAGAUAUCUGUCGGAGGUCCCUGCUUUGCUCGUGGACUACUACUCUGUUCGCACUAACAUGACGACAUGAAGUGUGAUGUCUUCUAACAUAUUUGUAAUUCAAUUAUUAGCUUCUCCCCCCCCUUUUUUUUUUCCUUGUACAGGCCAUUAUUUUUCUUCAUCAAUUUCUGUUUUGGAUGUAAACGGUUGGUAUCUCACAGUCGCAUCCUUCCACAUUAUUAUUAUUACUACCAAUAAUACAAGAGAGAGGGCCACAGUUUUUUCGGUUCA